UUGUGCUACCGCUGAUCCUGUUGCUGACAGACUUGUUGGGCGGCAGGGCCACGUUCUGAGUGUACAGAUGUAUUUUUUGUGACUCGAUGUAAAACGAUGGUCUCCAAAUAAAAUUGUCAACAAUGGGUCAAUAGUGUCUGUGCUACCGUCGUGUGUUUCCAGGGGAUCAUAUAGGAGACGGACCUGUAAACACUGCAAGCGUGGUGCACUGCCAAGUAACGAGCUAGCCUUGUUGCCUGCUGGCUAUGCUCUACGUGUAAGUUACAGGCAUGGAAUCAGGAAAUGUGAUAGCGCAGUUUAGCGAGCACAUAGAGGCUCUGCUUGCUGCACCUUUCCAUCUAGUUUUCAUCAAUGUUUAUGUGUUAAGUAGUUAGCUCGACAGCCCAGCUAGUAGUGAAGAUAUGAAAUUACUCUUUCUUGCCUGUCUCAGCCCUAAAACCGGGAACCACACUACAGCUGAAAGAAUAAGGUCCCACAUUGAAUCAGCAGGACACACCUGUGAGCUCAGGGAUGCAGCAGAAUUUCAGUCACCUGCUGAGGUGGCAAAGCUAGUAUCUCGAAAUUCUCCAUUUGAGGGUGCACUGGCCAUUCAUUUGUUCAGAGCAGGCAGACUUCUCUUGGACAUCCAAGUACCCUUUGGCGUCAUCUUUGGCGGAACAGACAUAAAUGAAGAUGUGAAAGUUGAACAGAAGCGUGUGGUUAUGGAGCAGGUGCUACUGAAAGCCAGGUUUGCAGUUGCAUUCACUGACAAACUAAAAGAAGAGGCAGAGUUGUUUUUGCUGUCCCAGAGCAGUAAAAUCUGUGUCCAACCCCAAGGUAUCCAGACAGAAGUGAGUGAGAAACUCUGCUGGGCUGAAUUCUUGAGGAGCUCAGGUGUAAGCAGUGAGCAUGUGGAUGAGCUGCGUGUCUUCCUGUUGGUCUGUGGCCUCAGAAGAGUCAAGGACCCCCUCUAUCUGGUGGAGGUAUUUUCAGAGUGGCAUUGUGAGAAUCCGCUGAAUGUGUUGGUCAUUAUUGGGCCAAAGCUACUUCAUUCAAGUAAUAAGCGCUCUGGCUGCACAGCAUCUGUCAUUAAGAGGAAAAUUCAGCUUGAUCCUGUGCUUACUGAUGAAGUGGAAGCUGUUGUUAAAAGAACAGCGGGGGUCUUCUUGGCCCAGGAGAGGAGCCAACAGGAGCUUCACGCUGCCAUGAAAAGGUGCUUCGCUGUGGUCAACAGCUCCGUCUCAGAGGGCAUGUCAGCAGCCAUCUUGGAGGCCAUGGAUCUCGGGAUACCUGUGUUGGCUAGGGACAUUCCAGGAAAUGCAGCCGUGGUGCAGCAUGAGCUCACUGGCCUGCUGUACUCAUCUCCUCAGGAAUUUGUGGAUCAAUCUCAGAGGCUGUUGUCAGAUCAUGAGCUGAGAGAGAGAGUGGUGAGGAAUGGAAAACUCUAUGUGGAAGAGCAUCACAGCCUGAAACAAGAGAGAGAAACCUACCAGCGGCUGGUGGACAGUCUGCACUGAACGGAAGGUCACAACAUUCAGCCUUUUUCUGUAUGAUUUCUCAGGAACAUCAGCAACAUAACAGGGGAAUGCACCAAUAUAUUUACCAGGCAUAGGUAUAAUUAUCAUAGGUGUCUUUAUUCCCAGUCUCUUAAGAAAUCAGGCUACAAAGAAGUCUUUAUUUGUACAUCAGGAAUUGGUUCCCCCAGGGAUGAAUAAAGUUUUUUUUCUUUUUUUUUAUUGAAAUUGAGGUGAAUUGUACAAAGUAAUCCUGUUUUAUCUGCAAUGCCAGAUUGAAACUAUGCUGCAGAGCACUUUGAACCAAAGACCUAGAGUAGAAAUGGUUGCUUGUCUUGUUAUAAAUAUAUUUCAUGUACUGAAUUUGAAAUUAAUAAUGUACUGUUAUUUAUGGCUGAGUAUAAAUAUUGGAAAAGUGUUGGUUCUCUGUUUAUUCAUAAUACUUAAUAAAAGAGGCAAACAUC